CAUCUGCCCGGCCGAGGAGAAAACCGUAUGGACGCAUGGCCUCCGAAGCAGUAUAAAACGGCCAUGCGACGAACGGUUUUCUGGACCCGCACCACCACCAUCAUCAUUAUUUCUAAUACCCACCCCUGCCAACGCUCUCUUACUAAUUCACCCAUGUCUUCUCCCGCUCCUGUCAUCAAGAGCCUCAAUGACAUCUACAGUCUGAAUUCCAAGCCCGACUUCAUUGCGCGUGCGCCCGGUCGUGUCAACAUCAUCGGCGAGCACAUCGACUACUGCGGGUUCCCGGUCUUCCCGAUGGCCAUUGCACCCGACACGCUGAUCGCUGUGCGCGCCAACAACACUGACAGGGUCCAUGUGGCCAACACGCUCAACGACAAGUACCCGGCGCGCUUGUUCUCAGCAACCAGCGACAUCUUCGAGAUCGACUCGACAGUCCACGAGUGGUCCAACUACUUCAAGUGCGGCUACCGCGGGCUGUUCGACCGCCUGGGACACCGCAACGGCAAGGGCAUGGAUGCGCUGAUGGACGGCACUGUGCCCGCCGGCAGCGGUCUGUCGUCGUCGGCGGCCUUUGUCUGCGCGACGCUAUUGGCCGUGCAGCGUGUCUGCGGCAUCAGCCUGACGCAGAGCGAGCUGGUCAGCAUUGCUGCCAGCGCCGAGCGCCAUGUCGGCUUCCACCCGAAGCUCAGGGGCACGCCGGUCAAGUUCCCCGAGACCGACCCCUCCAUGGUCUUCGUCAUUGCCAACACCCUGGUGGUCGCCGACAAGCACGUCUCGGCCCCCGUGUGCUACAACCUGCGCGUCGUCGAGACCCGCGUCGGCGCCCUCAUCCUCGCCAAGCAUCUUGGCCUGGCCAGCCGUCCUGCCUGCAAGGACGUCGAUCCGCUGGUGUUCAAGAUCAUCAUGGACGAGCUCUUCGCCGACCAGGACACCGCCGGCAGGGACGAGGUGCAGGUGUGGAUUGAGCGCCUGCCUUUCGCCGCACAUCCUGACGGCUACACGCGCGAGGAAAUGGCUGCCGCCCUCGACAUGACUCCGGCCGAGCUCAGCACCAAGAUCCACGAAGACCAGUUCCCCGUGCGCGCCGACAGGUUCCAGAUCCUGCAGCGCGCCUGCCACGCGUUUUCCGAGACACUGCGCGUGGUCAAGUUCCGCCAGGCUUGCGAGAGCUCCGUUGGCGACGUUGCCAAGAUCCUUGGCUCCCUGAUGAACCAGAGCCAGGACAGCUGCCGCGAUCUGUUCAACUGCAGCUGCCCCGAGCUCGACGAGCUCUGCUCCAUUGCGCGCAGCGCGGGUUCGCUCGGCUCCCGCCUCACUGGCGCUGGCUGGGGCGGCUGCUCGGUGCACAUGGUGCCCCAGAACAAGGUCGAGGAUGUGAAAGACGCACUGGCCGAGCAGUACUACGCCAAGAAGUUCCCGCAGCUGACCAAGACCCAGCUCGACGAUGCCCUGUUUGCCUACCGCCCCUGGAUGCGUAAAUCUCCCACUCUUGUGUAUUUCCAAUGUCAGCCAUCUCCAUCAUCAAACUCACCGUAA